UGGGGGCCUAAAACUCUUACAUUAAAAAGUAAGAUUGUCCUUCGAAACUUGUAAAUUCUCUAAUAAACGAAAUCCAAAUGCUAACUGCAGGACUGCUAUCUCAAGACACAAACAGUGUAACUCAGAAUUUAAAUAAUUUCCUCCCCACCAGGGAAGACCCGGGUUGAGACGGUUCGUCGAGAUCAUUAAAUAGUCUGCAGUACAUGGAGGACAGUUAAUACGUCAAUGUACUGUCAGGAACCGACCGAACAAGGCUAAAACAGUGAAUUCCAAACAGCAGUAGCUGCAUUCUUUCAAACUGGUGCGGAGAGAAAAACAGAGACGAAAUCAAAAGUAACACCAACAGCUGUGUUCUUUCAAAUCAGGAGAAAACAGCGAAGAAUUCGAUUAGGGGAACAUCAAACAUCAGUGCCCUCAAAGAAUAGGGCGUAAAGAGAAACGACACCCAGCAAUAGUAUUAUUAUACCCUCAAACAAGAACGGGGGACAGACAGUGUGGGGAAUAACAUAAAGAGCAGUCCCAGCUUGCACGGAGAUUAUAAUAUUGUUGUAAAGUACAUCAGAGAAAGAGGUCGUCACCUUUAUCGUCACCUUUAUCGUCACCUUUAUCGUCACCUUUAUCGUCACCUUUAUCGUCACCUUUAUCGUCACCUUUAUCGUCACCUUUAUCGUCGCUUUGGUCGUCACCUUUAUCGUCACCUUUAUCGUCGCUUUGGUCGUCGCCACCUCCUUCAUCGUCGCCUCCUUCAUCGUCGCCUCCUUCAUCGUCGCCCAAGGAGUGUAGGAUGUCUGGGAACACUUCUAACACGCCUUCCGGUCUCUCGGAGACCAGUAGCCAACAGAUGAAGACUCCGCGAAGCACGAACGGCGCUUCCGGCCAGCCCACCCGAGGAAACACGAGGAACACGAAGCUCAAAACUGUGAGCAGAAAUACCACGCCGGUCACACCUCGGUCCUGGGUGACCUACAACAGCCCCCUGUGGCGCAAAGACUGUGUGAAGAGUAAAGAGCAGUUGUCUCACAGCAUGCCCACCACUCCCCGCAUACUCUCUCGCAUGGAGGUUUCGUCAACGACGCCAUCAUCACGGAAAAGAAGCGGAACAAGUACAAGGACAUCAUCCCUCCUUACGAUGCAAGAGACGACAAGCUGUGCAAGGCUUACUUCCAGCGAGGCGACAUCAAGAGACUGGUGGAUCGCACAUGCUCAACGCGGACCACACAUCCGCAGAAAGGAGUGCUGAUCUGAGAGAAAAAUUAAAAGGGAAAAAUUAAAAAACAGUUUUAGUUUUAGUCAGAGUUUACGGCACUUGCAACACAAUAAGGUCAU